AUGGCGGGCUACCUUGAGCUGCUCGACCUUCCGGCGGAGGUCCUGAUUAAGAUGUUGAUGUACUUCUUUCUGUUCACAAACAUCAAGGUAAACCAUGCACACUUCACGAGUCUCAACGACAAGCGAAGAGUCAAUGACGAACAAUACCGAUGUGUCCCGCAGAAAUGGCUUACACCCAUGUUGACCUGCAAGGUCCUGAAAAUUCAUGGAAUGAAGGCCUUCAUGCAACAAGCAUUGUUUCACUACAAAGGCCAGGAAAGAACUACAUUUCAGGAUUUGUACUUCACCACGUCUGUGGCCAGUCAAGUUCGAUGCGUCUCGGCAGACUUUGAUACUCUCAUUCAGAUCAGCAAGUGUAUCAAUAACAAGUACGGAUUCAAGAGCUUGAAGCAAUUCAUUGUGAAGGACUCAGUGCAUGGAAAUCUAGUGGACGGCAGAGCAGUCAGAAAGGCACGAGCAGUCUUAAAGGCACGACAGAUCGAGCUCACUGGCUUCGUUGCUAUUGUUGGACCACCUCUUACUCGGCACUUUCCUAUCCACCCACCCAUUCUUCAAACCUACAUCGUCAAUCGCUCACACAGACGGUGGCAGAAACUCAAGCUGAUCUUUGAGGUCGACGGCAACGUCAUCAUCACAGAUAUGGAGAACAUGGGGAACGAUUUCUUCAGAAACAUCGGAGCCGUAUUUGAUGCCUUCACCGCCGGUGUACACAAGCCUCGUGGUUAUGCAUUCGACGGCUUGGACAAGUACAUGAAUGAGGAUGCACCCGAAUGGCAGAAAUAA